AUGGCCAGAAAGGCCUCACUCAAAUCAGCGCUCUCCUCACAGCAGUCCCGACUGAAGAAGAAACAGGGUGCGAUUCAAGCCGCGCAAGCUGCAGAACAGCGGGGCAAGAGGGCGCCGCUGACGAAAGAUACCAAGGGCAAAGCAAAAGCUACGACUGCCCAGGAUGUCAUUUUACCAUUUAACCCCACCGAUACGAUACUGCUUAUUGGAGAAGGCAGCUUCUCCUUCACGCGUGCUCUCGUCUCCGAGCCACCACCUGCCUUACAGUAUCUCCCGGCAAGCAGUGUUGUAGCGACAACUUAUGAUACCGAGGCCGAGUGUUUUGAAAAGUAUCCCGAGGCGCAAGCCAUCGUCGAGGAGAUCCGUGCCAAAGGCGCGGAAGUGUUCUUCGACGUAGACGCUACCAAGCUUGAGAAAGUGGUCACUCUGCGGAAUCGCAAAUUUGACAAGAUUAUGUGGAAUUUUCCUCAUGCAGGAAAGGGUAUCGCUGACCAAGACCGCAAUAUCUUGAGUAAUCAAGUCCUGCUUCUGGGUUUUCUGAGGUCGGCCGCUCAUCUGCUCAGGAGGGGGCAGGCUCCCUCCUUGGCCUCGCGUAAGAAGAGGCAGGCAGACAGUUCCGAUCGAGAAGACGGCGAGUCCGCCGAUGAAGCUGAGGGCUCAGGAUCUGCUGAAAUUCGUGGCACCAUCCUUGUGACUUUAAGAAACGUGCCGCCAUACACCCUAUGGCACAGUCCACCGCCACCAAAGGCAUCAGGCGAAUCCACGAAUCCGUCUUACGUCCAGCUCCGAUCGUUCGUUUUCCACCGCAGCCUGUGGAAAGGCUACCAGCACAAAAUGACGAAGGGAGAGCGUGUACAUGGUACAGGGACCACAGGACAAGGCGGCGAAGAUCGGACUUGGGAGUUUUAUCUCAAAGACUAG